AUUCUGGAAAUUACACAGAAAAAAUGAGAGAAAAGAGAGAAAAAUAGAGCAAAGAGACUCGUUCUUCUCCAUUCCGAAAUUUCAUCAAAACCACGGCUCUCCAUCUCUGAAAUCAUUUCUCCGACCUUCUGAAUCUUCAUUUUCACGGUUUCUUUCAUCUUUUCCGCUUCAAAAUCAAUCAUUGAGUAGUGUGACACAACUUUGAUAAAAAAAAAAGAGUUUUUCAAACAAUGUCUAUGUCGGAUUCUGAUUCGUCUUCUCAUGCCUCCUCCUCUGAAUAUAAAACCUUCCGGCAAAUUAGCCGUGAUCGUUUGCUGCAGGAAAUGCUUCGUUCGGCCCAAACAGGUGAUUCAAAAUCAACAUGGAAGGUUCUCAUCAUGGACAAAGUUACAGUCAAAGUCAUGUCUUGCUCUUGCAAGAUGGCAGAUAUUACAGACGAAGGAGUGUCAUUGGUGGAAGAUCUAUACAGGCGAAGGCAGCCAUUACCCUCCAUGGAUGCGAUAUAUUUCAUACAGCCUUUAAGGGAGAAUGUUGUCAUGUUUUUGUCUGACAUGUCAGGAAGGGUGCCAUUGUACAAGAAGGCGUUUGUCUUCUUCAGUUCGCCAAUUCCAAAGGAAUUGGUUAAUCUUAUCAAGAACGAUACCAGUGUUUUGCCUCGUAUUGGUGCAUUGAGAGAGAUGAAUCUGGAGUACUUCGCAAUGGAUAGCCAGGGAUUUGUCACUGAUAAUGAGAGAGCACUUGAGGAGUUGUAUGGGGAAAACAUGCAGAACACUCGCCAACAUGAGGCUUGUUUGGAUGUGAUGGCAACUCGGAUUGCUACAGUAUUUGCUUCACUAAGAGAGCUUCCAUAUGUUCGCUAUCGUGCUGCGAAGGUUGACGAAUCCACAGAGACGACAUUUCGAGACUUAAUUCCUACAAAGCUUGCCGCCUCUGUGUGGAACUGUAUUACAAAAUACAAAAGCAGCAUACCUCACUUUCCCCAGUCAGAAACGUGCGAGCUGCUACUCUUGGACAGAUCUGUAGACCAUAUUGCCCCAGUAAUUCAUGAAUGGACGUAUGAUGCCAUGUGCCAUGACUUAUUAAACUUGGAUGGAAAUAAAUAUGUUCACGAGGUUCCAAGCAAGUCAGGUGGUGAACCUGAGAAGAAGGAAGUUCUUUUGGAGGACCACGAUCCUGUGUGGCUGGAGCUACGCCAUGCACAUAUUGCAGAUGCUAGCGAAAGAUUGCAUGAGAAGAUGACAAAUUUUGUUUCAAAAAAUAAAGCUGCGCAAUUUCAAUCAAGAGAUGGCGGUGAACUGUCAACUCGAGAUUUACAAAAGAUGGUCCAAGCCCUACCACAGUAUAAUGAACAAGUGGAUAAGCUCUCCCUCCAUGUAGAGAUUGCGGGAAAAAUUAAUAGGCUUAUUAGGGAGUUGGGGCUGCGAGAUCUUGGCCAACUGGAGCAGGAUCUUGUUUUUGGAGAUGCUGGCUCAAAGGAACUUAUCAACUUUCUACGGUUAAAGCAGGAUGCAUCUCCUGAAAAUAAGUUGCGUUUGAUGAUGAUAUAUGCGUGUGUCUAUCCUGAGAAAUUUGAGGGUGAUAAAGGUACCAAGUUGAUGCAGUUGGCAAAGAUAUCCCCUGACGACAUGAACGCUGUAAACAAUUUGAAAUUAUUUGAGGGAGCUUCUGAUAACAAAAAAAAUUCACUUGCUGGAUUCUCGCUGAAGUUUGAUGCUCAGAAGAGGAAACAUGCAGCUAGAAAAGACCGAACGGGGGAGGAAGAAGAAACUUGGGCACUCUCACGAUUUUACCCUGUGAUAGAGGAGCUGAUUGAGAAGGUUAGCAAAGGCGAACUACCAAAGAAUGAGUAUGCAUGUAUGAACGAACCUAAUCCUUCUACAACAAUAACAUCAAAUAGGUCCCUCCCAAGUGCAUCAGCAAGGACAAGUCAAGCUCCUGUUGCAGCAGCUCAUUCUAUGAGAUCAAGGCGGACUGCCACAUGGGCUCGACCUCGGGGUUCUGAUGAUGGAUAUUCGAGUGACUCAGUGUUACGGCAUGCAUCUAGCGAUUUUAAAAGGAUGGGUCAACGUAUUUUCGUCUUUAUCAUUGGUGGAGCUACUCGAUCAGAGCUACGGGUUUGCCAUAAGCUCACCGCAAAAUUGAAGAGGGAAGUUGUUCUUGGUUCAUCUAGUCUUGAUGAUCCUCCAGAAUUUAUCACGAAAAUGAAGAUGCUCACUAAGGAACUUUCAGUCGAUGAUCUGCACAUUUAAUGAAGCUGAUGUUUUUCGAUGUGAACCCUUCACAGACAAAUUUUAUGCCUAAGCUAUACAGGUUACCCUUCUCAUGUUUAAUUGUAGGUCCAUAAGAAAGAAAUGUCAUUAUUUCUUCUUUCUUUUCUGUUUGUGAAACAUCUUGCUGAAACUAACUGGAGCAUUCGGAGCCAAAGAAAUGCAGCUGUGCUGAAGUAUACGAUUUGAGCGCAGAAGAAUGGGGAGGUCUCUUCUGCCAGAAACUUUCUUAUAUGUCUAGUUCCUUCUCACACCAUAUCUCAGCUUUCAUUUUUGCAGCAGUAUGUAUGUAAAAAAACUACUGAAGCUUUCUCACAUUGUACGUGUAUAUAGAUAGUUACGUAACGAUGGGUGAAAUGAAAAAUUACAGAAAUGUUGUUACUC